AUGGCUUCCACAUCGACGAAGGCAGCCGCCACGAAAUUGAUUCUGAAACCAAAAAUGACUUUGAAGGGUCAUGGGCUUGAGAUUAGAUCCAUAUCCUACUUUCCUGAUGGCCAGCGAAUUAUUAGUGGAUCUUUUGACAAGACCGCUCGGCAAUGGGAUCUGAAGGCGGGUAAGGAGCUUGAGAAAGCGCGGGGUGUUUGCGAGAACGAGGUAUCUGCAGUGGCGGUAUCAAGGGAUGGUCGGUGGGUUGUUACCGCUAGUGGAAAUCAUCAUCAUUCGGAGCUGAAAGCCUGUGAGGUUGAGAUGGGGAUUGUGAAAGAAUUCAAAGGCCACUCAGCGAUGAUCGAAUGCAUUGAUAUAUCCGCGGACAGCAAGCUGCUGGCGAGUGGGUCAAGGGAUUUUACAGCGCGGAUAUGGAACUUGGAGACCGGCGAACUCGUGGCCGGUCCAUUCCAGAGCGUUGAUUGGGUGGGCGCAGUUCGAUUCCCGAUGGAUUCGAAGAAGCUCGCAGUCAACUCAUGGGUGGGGAAGUGCCUUGAGGUCUGGGAUAUCCAAAAACAGAAAUUGGAUGCGAGGAUGGGGAAACCUGGUGGAGGGAGAAUGAUAACUGCGCCAAUUUUUUGGACAAAUAACAACAAAACCAUCUUGGCCGCAUUCAACUUCACGGAUGAUCUUGAUGCCAAGACAAUUUACGAGUUUAACGCAUUAACGUUGGAGACAGUCGGAACUCCCUUCGAAGGGCACACCAGGCUUGUUACAGGUCUAGCACUUUCAUCCGACAACACUCUCCUUGCUAGCGCUUCAGCCAACAACACCAUCAAUCUUUGGGCCUUCGAGUCCCGCCAACUCCUCGCUUCCCUCGAUGUUCAGGAUCUUUUCACCCUUGCCCUCUCACCCGACUCGCGCAAAAUAGCUUACACGACCGCGACAUACGAUGAGUACAAGCACAAGAUAUGCAUAUGCGAUAUUCCACGCGAUGUGCUUGCUCAGGCCCGUACCAGUGCACGCAAAACGUCAAACCUCAAUGAUCUUCUAAAUUCUGACGCACCUCGCCGUCCUCCCACAGUGCCCCGCAGACCACCGAUACCCGUCAUACCUAUGGUGCAGAGGCCUCCGCCUAUAAUCAACCCACAGCAACCCAUUUUACUUCGCCUCCGCAAACUUCUUCCCUUCUCUUCUCACACAGCCGCAAUUCCUCCUGUUCGCAAUCAUAUUGAGCCUCGCGGUCCUCUAGAUUUAUCUGCUACGUUGCCCCUACCCCACUCUCUCUCAGGGCCCACUGCAACUCAGGGACGUUCGGAUAUCAAUUCCAGCGAGAACCCUAGACCACUGUCAACCAUUCGAUCGUCUGCCGCCACACCCACUACCUUCUCUACCCGUCUACACAAUAUAUCAACAUGGUGGCCUGUUCGUGCAGGUCAUGCACUUCCGCCUAUUGUUGACGUCCCUCUCGCACCGGGUCAAUUGCGCAACGCUGCAGCAGGUGCUCCCGGCCCUGACAAUGAAUAUAUUCGUGAGGAAGACUAUGUCCCCCCUGAACUUAAUACGGGGACGCAUGGAAGCGACCGGUAUUGUUUCUGUUGCUAGACAUCCCCGCGUAGUGUAGAUUACCUGUCACUCCUCACAUUCAGUGUUCUAUGAAUGUGGAUACGUAUGUUAUUUGUAUCCUUACAUCUUUUUUCGUCCUUGGUAAUCUCAUUUCUGGACCCGCC